GGCAGAUUUUCUCGAUUCGCUUUUUGCGGUCCAGGCGAGCAUCUGGCGCCGACGAAGAUUUUCGAUCUACAGAUUGUUGAUUGACCACGGAGAUUUCGCAGAGUCUCCAGUACAGCUACAAUGGCGUCAACGUCUCAACCCCCUCUUCGGUUCACUUCCCACAAGAACUUCGUGUACCGUCUCGUCUUCGCUACGUUGACCGGCCGCACGAUUCAAAUCUCCCAGAUCCGUCCUUCGUCCCCUACGAAUCCCGGUCUCGCUCCUCAUGAAAUCUCCUUCCUCCGUCUCCUGGAGUCCAUUACCAAUGGCUCCCAGAUGGAGAUCUCGUACACCGGUACCAUCCUUGUUUAUAAGCCUGGUCUCAUUACAGGCAGUUCGCCAGGCGUGGCCACGAGCAGCGGAGGUGUCGUCAGGCACGAGCUCCCUGCUGGGUGCAAUCGUGGUGUGAGUUACUAUCUGCUGCCGCUCUGCCUUUUGGCACCCUUCUCCAAGGCGCCCAUCAAGGUCCUUUUUACUGGUCCAGGUGUGAUCACCUCAUCCACCCCGACUGGUGACAUGUCCGUGGACAGUGUACGGACUGCCAUUCUCCCUCUCUACAACCAAUUUGGAAUUUUCAACAACAUCGAGCUGCGCAUCCUACGGCGAUCGAACCCUGGACCCAAUGGCAGAGGCGGUGGUGGAGAAGUUCAGCUAGUAUUUGGCCACCAGCUCCGGCUGCCAAAGACCCUGCACCUCAUGAACGCCGGUCGCAUCAAGAAGGUCCGCGGUGUGGCCUACUCCGUCGGUGUUUCCGCAUCCAAUAACGCAAGAAUGAUCGAAACCGCCCGUGGUGUUCUGAACCCACUCGUCCCUGACACCUAUAUCUUCUCUGAUGUGUCGUCGGCGCCGCUCGUGCCUGCCCCCGAGAAGAGCAACCCCUCCGCGAAAAAGAAGAUUGGUCUUGGUUUCGGACUCUCGUUGGUCGCUGAGUCGUCUACUGGCUGCCUGUUCUCCGCCGAUGUGGCGUCGCCUCCCGCAGGCGGCGAGGCGCCCGAAGACAUUGGGAAGCGAUGUGCUUACCAGCUACUCGAGGCCGUUUCGAAGGGAGGUUGCGUUGCCCCUGCAGCUGUUCCGACCAUGCUGGGUCUGAUGACGAUGGGAUCGGAGGAUGUUGGACGAAUCCAAGUUGGUCGGGACGUGAUCGCCGAGGAGAGCACCAUCCAGCUGGCCAGGGACCUGACCAAGUUCGGUGCUCCGGGCUGGGGUCUGAGAGACGCGAGUGGUGAGAAUGAGAAUGGGGACGUGAUCAUCAGUGUGGUUGGCCGCGGCAUUGGCAACGUUGGCCGUAAGGUUGCUUGAUUGUGAAGACCCAACAUCAGCCUCACAUCAACUCCGCGGUCGGCUGUUUCAGGUAUUACCGACCUUUUCUGGUCGGUCGUCUGUCCAGUGGAGCUUCAAGGGCCCUGU